UCAAAUUAACUUCCGGUUUACUUGUUGACGUUAGCAACCCAGUUCCUGAAUCAAUUUUGAGGGAAAAUGGGACGGCCAAAGUAUUUUACACCAAAAGAAGUUGCCGUUCAUAAUACUGUAGACGAUUUAUGGGUAUCGUUCCUUGGAAAAGUGUACAAUCUUACUCCACUUUGCGAAAAAUACAAAGGAGAUGUUUUACUGAAGCCCAUUAUUCAAGCUGCUGGUGGGGAUAUAUCACAUUGGUUUAAUCCUAAGACAAAAGAUAUACGUACACAUGUUGAUCCACAGACUGGUUGUGAAAUACCUUACUGUCCUAAUGGCAGAUUUGUUCAUAUACCACCACCUUAUCCAGAUUCUAAUUGGGCCAAUGACUUUGGAAGACCUUGGUGGAAAGAUGACAGUUAUCUAGUAGGAAUUCUGUCACAGAAAACUAGAAAAGUUAAAAUAAUCAACACUCUUACGUCACAGGACCAUGUUAUUGAGGUUUGUUCAGAAGAGAUAAUGACAGAAAUUUUAGAACGGUACCUGAAAUACAAUGCACAUGCUGCAAGUUAUACAUGGAAAUAUGACAGUCGAAAUCUUGUGAUGGGGAGUACGUUAGAAGAAAAUGGUAUUGAAGAUGAAGAUGAGGAAUUUUAUAAACUGAGCAUGAAUGAUGAUACAUUCUUACAAGCAAUCCAUUUGUAUUUCAAUGAUGAUUUAACCGAAGCAUAACUUUGUAUACAGAAAUCUGUUGAAUUAUUAUACUUUUCAUAAUGUUCUUGCAUUAGGGAAAAACAAAGGCAUUCUUUGAAAUCUGUGAAAUUUUGACACUUUUGGUAAAACUGCCUCUGUGGAGCAUAUUAGCAAUCAGACUGUUAUGAAAUUUAAAACAUUUCAAAAUUUAUAAAAAUGAAAAACUGCUCUUUAACAAAGAAGUGAAGAGAAUAACAAGAUUUGAGUGCUAAUAAAUAAGGACUGCCUGUGAAUAAGAGAAAAGAUUAUAUGAAGUUUAAAGAUUUGUAAUAUACUUUAUUCAUGUAAAUAAACUAUUAUUUGUA